GCAGCGGAGGCAGGUGAAGGUGUGAAUGUGAAUGUUUAUGGAUGUGGGGGAGACGGGAAGCGGCGAGGGCGUGAAGACGAGGCGGAGAAAAGCGAAGGGAGGACGGGGGAGUCCGCCGAGAGCCGGAGGAGCCGCGGACAGGGACGGCAGAGGCGAGGAGCGGGGAAGGAUGUCGGAGAGGAUCGCUUCGUGUGGGAGCCUGUGUGACAGCACCAACCUGCUGCUACAGUACUGCAACAACGACGACACGGUGUCGGCCAGCAGCAACAUGGACAUGGAGGACAGAGUGUCCCACCUGGAGCAGAGGCUGCAGCUGCAGGAGGACGAGAUCCAGCUGCUGAAGGCGGCUCUGGCCGACGCUCUGCGUCGCCUCGGUUACUGCGAGGAGCAGAGCAAGGGGCCGCAUGCAGGGGGCGCUCAUGCUGGCAGGAGGCCGCUUGCUGCUGCCGCUUCCACACCUCCUACUAAGGUGCGCCAGCUGCUGCAGGCUCUUCCCUCCAGGCCUCUGAGUAACGGCUACGUUCAACAGAAACGCCUCCUGUCCUCGCCGUCGUCGCCAAAGAAAGAGGUGCUGCAGUCCAUCAAGAGGAAGAGCAUGUCCACAGAAAGACUUACCCUGGUCCGCAGAGAGAUGGCAGCAGAGAGUCGGAGUCGGACCACGUCGUCCAGCAGCUCCUCUGGUGGGAAAAGCAAAUCUAAAGAAUGCACCUACAAUGCAGAGGACGGCUACGUGAGGAUGUUCCUCCGCGGUCGUCCCGUCACCAUGCACGCCCCAGACCAACAGCGGGACAGCUUCAGCCUGGACCAGAAGGUGGCGCUGCCAGAGAAAAAGCUGAAGCUCCAGUGGGUCUACGGCUACCGCGGCCGUGACUGCCGCUGCAACCUCUACCUGCUGCCCACCGGGGAGAUCGUGUACUUCAACGCUUCGGUGGUGGUUCUGUACAACACGGAGGAGCAGCAGCAGAGACAUUACCUGGGACACAACGACGACGUCAAAUGCCUGACUGUUCAUCCUGACAUGGUAACCAUAGCAACGGGUCAGGUGGCUGGAAACUCCAAGGAUGGAAAGCUUCUCGCUCCUCACGUUCGCAUCUGGGACUCGGUGAGCCUCAACACGCUGCAUGUGAUCGGCAUGGGGGCGUUCGACAGAGCCGUCACCUGCGUCUCUUUCUCCAAGUCGAACGGCGGCUCCUUCCUCUGUGCUGUGGAUGACGCCAACGAUCACAUCCUGUCAGUCUGGAACUGGCAGAAAGAGAAACAACUUGCUGAAGUGAAGUGCUCCAACGACUCCGUGCUGGCUGCCGUGUUUCAUCCCAUGGACACGAAUCUGAUCGUCACCUGUGGAAAGUCGCACAUCAACUUCUGGACCAUGGAGGGAAACGCGCUGACCAAGAGGCAGGGACUGUUUGAGAAACACGAGAAACCAAAGUACGUUCUGUGUGUGGCCUUUGCUGAAAACGGGGACGCCAUCACAGGAGACUCCAGUGGAAACCUCUACAUCUGGGCUAAAGGCGGUAACCGUAUCAGCCAGGUGGUGUCGGGCGCGCACGAAGGCGGCAUCUUCUCCGUUUGCGUCCUGAAGGACGGUACCAUGGUGUCCGGAGGCGGGAAAGACCGCAAGGUGGCGCUGUGGGACCACAACUACAGGAAGCAGGCGGAGAUGGAGGUGGGCGAGCCGCUCGGCCCGGUCCGGGCUCUGGCUGAGGGGAAACCAGGUGAGCUGUUCGUCGGAACCACCAAGAACGCCAUCAUCAGAGCGGCCUUCCCCGACACCCUGACCCCCAUCGUACAGGGUCACACAGACGAGCUGUGGGGUCUGGACGUCCACCCGUCCAUGGACCAGUUCGUUACCUGCUCUCAGGACAAGCAGGUUCACCUGUGGGACACCUGCACCCACCAGCCGCUCUGGAGCAAGACCAUGGAGGAUCCAGGAAGGUCUGCAGGUUUCCAUCCCAGUGGCGCCGUUCUGGCUGUGGGAACCAUGACUGGAAGGUGGUUGGUGCUGGACACCGACACCCGGGAUUUAGUUUCUAUGCACACAGACGGCAGCGAGAUCAUCUCAAACGUCAAAUACUCUCCAGAUGGUAACUUCCUGGCUGUCGCUUCCCAUGACAACUUCGUCUACAUCUACGCUGUGAGCGAGAGCGGCAAGAAGUACAGCCGCGUGGGGAAAUGCACCGGUCACUCCAGUUUCGUCACCCAUCUGGACUGGUCCGCAGACAGCCAGUACUUCGUCACCAACUCAGGAGACUACGAGAUCCUCUUCUGGGAGGCAUCCAGUGGUAAACACGUGACCAACAUGGACACGGUGCGCAACCUGGAGUGGGCCACCUCUACCUGCACUCUGAGCUUCAGCGCCUUUGGAAUUUGGCCAGAUGGAGCCGACGGCACGGACAUCAACGCCGUGUGCCGCUCACAUGAUGGCUCCCUGCUGGCCUCUGCUGACGACUUUGGCAAAGUGCAGUUGUUCUCCUUCCCCUGCUCCCAACCAAGGGCUCCGAGUCACGAGUACGGCGGCCACAGCAGUCAUGUGACCAACGUCGCCUUCCUGCACGACGACAGUCACCUGAUCUCCACCGGCGGGAAAGACACCAGCAUCCUGCAGUGGGUCGUUGCCUAGGCAACGCUCUGUCCGGCCCCUCUUUCCCCCCUUCCCCGCCAACAGGUGGCAGCACCCCUCUGUGCCUACGGCUGCGUAACCAACCGGACCGACCCACAGAUGUCCAAUCAGAACCGUGUGAAACGAAAGAGAAAAUGUAACAUCAUGGCUGACCUGUGACCUUUAGCGUUAGUACUUCCUGUGCCUGAACUGUGUUCAUUUCGACCCCCUUUAACAGAAACUCCACCUGAUUUCAUUUGGGACGAAUGCGGCUCUGAACGCACGGGUUCCUCUGAAGUUUCUGCAUCAUGUUGAGCAAAUUGAUGCAAAAACCUUAGAAGAAACAUUGUUCUUCCACUAAAUCAGAGGAUUUGACUGAAACGGGUUGAAAAGCAGAUUGUUUACGGGAUUUGUUUAAGCCCAAACGCAGUCUGAGUGAAGUUGGCCAACAUCUUCCUCAAAUCUAACAGAAUUGGUGUCAAACGUUUGUGCUACGUUUGUGCCGCUAUCAUUUUAAAAUUUCACCAAAUCAAACAAAUUCUGUGUCAAUUGACCGACGCUACGUUUGUGCAGCAAAAUUUUAAUUUGCUUUGAAGAUACUGAUGGUGACGUCUGGAAACUCUUUGAUUAAAACCUUUAAAAUAAUAGCGGCACAAACGAAAAUUUAUGCUGCACAAACGUUUGACACCAAUUUUGUUAGAUUUGGAGAAAGUUGGCCAACUUCAGUCGGGCCUAAAGUCUGUUUGCGACUCUGAACAUGCACAAGUUUCUCCUUUAAACACACAAAACUAGUUUCUCCUUUAAACUUGAAAUAAACUCUUGCAGGGACUUAGCAGUCGAAUGUAACGACCGUCGUUUUAAAUUCCAAAGUGAGAGAGGCUUGUGUGUGUUUUUGUUCUUUAAGCCGUAAAUGAAACGGGUGGAGUUCAGAUUUCAGCAAAACUUAGGAUGACGCCGUCGCCUUCUUCUCUUCCACUUCGAGUCCCAGAAAUCGUUUGAUCGUCCCUAAAAUGUUCUCGUUUAGCUUUUGGAGAAGCGGUACGAAGCGCCCGUUUCAUUUCAUGCUGCUGUUUGAUUGUACUACUGUAACCAUGCUGAGCAAGCACUGGGUGGCGCUGCAGUGCAAGAAAAGGAGCAUGACUGAGGCUGCCCUCCUGCUGUAGAUGCUCUUGAUAAUGUCUGUAAACUUUGUGCUCCACAGUAGAUUUGAGUGGCCGUGAUAUUUUAAUAUUUAUCUCUAACAGCAGUGAUUGUUACUGAUAUAAUCGUGGCUCUUUAGCUGUGGACACAACCAUGAUGCUGUGCUGUUGCGGUGAGCUUAAGCUGUGCUUCGCCUUCUGUUUUGGUAAUAAAUAUUCAUUUUUUAAUCUGAAUGUUCUGGAGGAAUUUUAUUUUAUUUUACACUGUAAACAAUUUAAAAAAUUGUCUGAAUAAAAUGGAGAGAUGUUGAGCCUAA